AUGGAAAAGAAAGUCGACCUCAUCGCUAAAGCAUUUAACAACAGCUCACAAUCCACCUCUGGGGAUUAUUCUAGUGCACCCAGUACACGGUCCUCCCCAUUAAAUGCCGCCUUUAUUCUCGAGGAGUACUACCUCGAGUGUUCAGACAUAAAAGUCACUGCUCAUGUUGUGUUCCUGGACGCAAAGUCUGCGUUCGACGUGGUAGACCACUGCCAACUUCUGCUCAGACUAUACCAUGCAGGAAUAAGUGAUGGCCAUUGGCUCCUCUUGAAAUCUCUGCAUGAACAUUCGUCCAGUGCUGUUAGGUAUACGUCCCAAAUCAGUGAUUCCUUCAGAAUAUCACAAGGAGUGCGACAAGGAGGGAUCCUCUCCACGGACCUCUACAGGCUCUACGUCAACCCUUUGCUGGAUAGGUUAGUCGACACCGGACGAGGUGGGCGCAUUAGCACCGUACUUGCUAAUAGCUCGGCAUGUGCAGAUGACGUAUGUUUAAUAGGCAGAAACCACGCAGAUGUACAGUUAAUGAUAGAUAUGUCCCUAUCUUUUGCAAAUGAGGAACGUUACCUCCUUCAACCCAAUAAAACUGUAGCUCUAAACAUCAAACCCUCUAACAGAACAACAAUCCCCCAUAGUGAAAGUUUCACGCUGGGUAAAAUUAACCUCAACUAUGUUGAUACCUCAGUCCACUUGUGGAUAACAAGAACGACGUCUGUCUGUGAAACAGCUGAAAUUAACGUAGAAGGAAACAACUCACAGGCAAGACGUGCUCUGUACAGUUUUCUUGGAGCCGGGUUGCAAGGUCACAAUGGUCUGGACCACAAGUCGAUGCUGGAUCUCUACAAGUCAUUUGUUCUACCUGUGCUCACCUACGUACUAGAGGUAACUAGACUCCCUACAAGAUUCAGGCUACUUACCGGAACCUAUAUACUCAAAGUGAAUAGGAGCCGCUAUAACCAGUGUGCUAUAGACGCAGUGUGCCCAAACUGUUAA